AGGGUACGAUAGGGUAAAGCAGGCCGGAGUAAACAAUAAUAGCAGGAACACCCCUCUACUGAGACUUGCCGGAUUCCAGCGCUGUAUCCUGGCUGGAGCUGGGCCUGGGCUGCACGGGGGUGAGCGUGGAUGGUUGGUGCUGGCAGAUUAUGUGUGAGCCAUGGCACAAGUAGAGAAGAAAGUGGGACUGCUGCGGAAGUCGUCGGCCUCCAAGAAGCCGCUGAAGGAAAAAGUGGUGCUGAUGUACGAUGAGAUCUUUGCGAAAGAUGAUCCCACCAAAUCCAACCCCAGGUUCUGGGAUGAAUUGUUUCUCAUGAAGGUCAAUUUAGAAUAUCUGGAAGCCAAAUUGGAAUCUCUAGAUGGCGAAGAAUUAAUGAAAAUUAAGGAUAACAUUAACAGCCUAUUUCAGCACUGCAUCCAGGCUCUGAAGGCCGAGCACCAGAUCCGGGUGGUCAAUGCAUUACAGACACUGUGCGCUUUAAUUCGAGGGGUUCAUCAGAAGAACAAGUCAACGUCCGGGUUUGAUAUCAUUAACGUUCUGAUGGGGUUUGAUAAAGCAGAACUCCGAAUGAAGAACCUGAUGGAAAGUCUGGAUAUUCUUCUGUGCGGGGAGGGCUCUGAAAGCUUGAAGAGCCUCUGUUUGAAGCUUCUUCUCUGUUUGGUGACGGUGACCGAUAACAUAAGUCAGAACACCAUUCUGGAGUAUGUGAUGAUCAAUAGCAUUUUUGAAGCUAUCCUACAGAUCCUCUCCAAUACUCUCAGUCGCAGGGAGCAUGGCUACGAUGCUGUCGUUUUGCUUGCACUUCUUGUCAACUACAGAAAGUAUGAGUCUGUUAAUCCAUACAUCGUGAAACUGUCUAUCAUGGAUGACGAAGGAACGCUAAACGGGAUGGGCCUGGUCAUUGCCCGAGCAUUGUUUGAAUACAACACGCAUUACCGGGACAAGGAGGAAGAACACCAGACAGGCUUCUUCUCUGCCCUGACCAACAUGGUGGGCAGUAUGUUCAUAGCAGACGCCGAUGACAAGAUCUCCAUUCAAACUAACGAGGCUAUUUUACUGGCUCUUUACGAAGCCGUGCAUCUGAACAGGAACUUUAUCACUGUGCUGGCGCAGAGUCAUCCUGAGAUGGGGUUGGUUACGGUACCCAUCAGCCCGAUACCUACUACACCAACAACUCCUCUGGGUACGACCCCUCCUUCUUCUGAUGUGAUCAGCCCCACGGAACUCGAUGCCGACGUACAAACUAGCAACCUGCUCAUCACCUUCCUAAAGUACAGUUCCAUCAUCAUGCAAGACACGAAAGAUGAACAUCGGCUGAACAGCGGGAAGCUUUGCCUCAUCAUCCUUACUUGUAUAGCUGAGGACCAAUAUGUCAAUGCCUUUCUGCACGACGACAACAUGAACUUCCGCGUGAACCUCCACAGAAUGCCAAUGAGGCAUCGGAAAAAGCCAGCCGACAAGAAUGUACCGAGCAGACCGUUGGUGUGUACUCUGCUGGAUCUGAUGGUGGAAUUCAUAGUAACCCACAUGAUGAAGGAGUUUCCGAUGGAUCUCUAUAUACGUUGUAUACAGAUUAUACACAAGCUUCUUUGUUAUCAGAAGAAGUGCAGAGUACGACUUCACUAUACAUGGAGAGAGCUGUGGUCAGCGCUCAUAAAUCUGUUGAAGUUCCUCAUGUCCUACGAGACUGUUCUGCUAUCAAAACACAACAUUUUUACAUUGGCUCUGAUGGUAGUCAAUUUGUUCAACAUGUUUAUCACCUACGGAGAUACCUUCCUCCCAACCCCCGGCAGCUACGACGAGCUCUACUAUGAAAUCAUCCGUAUGCAUCAGAUCUUUGACAAUCUCUACUCUAUGGUGCUUCGUCUCUCUACCAAUGCGGGACAGUGGAAAGAGCCGGCCAGCAAGGUGACCCAUGCUUUGGUCAACAUAAGGGCCAUUAUAAACCACUUUAAUCCUAAGAUCGAGUCCUACGCCGCCGUGAACCACAUUUCGCAAUUAGCCGAAGAGCAGGUAUUGGAAGUUGUACGAUCCAACUACGACACACUGACGCUGAAACUGCAGGAUGGCCUUGACCAGUACGAGAGAUACUCUGAGCAGCACAAGGAAGCCACCUUUUUCAAAGAACUGGUUCGAUCGAUAAGUAUCAACGUACGGAAACACCUUGCCUUCAACACGCUGAGCCAAGAGACACUACUGAAAGAGUUUUCCACCAUCUCCUGAGACAAGCUUGGUGGCAAAAACACUGCCUACCAUCAA